AGUACACAGUGUAAAAACAGUGUAAGCUCCUUCCAGUGCUGAAUACAUUUCAGAGCGUAAAUGUGAAAUCAGACUACAAAAUAGUCCUGAAAUAAUGGAGCAAGCUGUGGUGUUUAGUCUAAUCAUAAGCUUCCUACCAGGAUUCAGUCAACAGUUAAACCUGUUUCCACAAGGAGCAAUCAAUAAGGUCUUAGGAACAAAUGUGUAUUUUUCCACCGUCAAUGUCUUUCAACCUAUAACAGCUAUCAGAUGGGAGUUCAAUGGCAAUGAGAUGGUCAGAUACAGCCUUCUAGAAUCUACGAUAGUGAACCCAAUAUACGAUAGUAGACUCUCUUUGAAAACUAAUUUAGGAGAACUGCAACUAAGUCGUCUGACCUUGGCGGACUCUGGACGGUACACCUUGAACAUAACAUUUGAAAGUGGUUCAUGGAGUCAAGACCAUGUUUUCCUGCAGGUGUUUGACUCAGUGUAUAGUUUAACAAUGACCGGCCCUCAGGGCAUUCUCAUCGAAUAUAGCAGCGCCAACUUCACCUGUUCCGGAAGUGGCACCAUCAUUACUACAGUGUGGAUGAAGGAGACUAAUAUUUUAUAUCCUAGCAACAGCAUCACAUUCUUCAAUGACAACAGAACAAUGGUGAUUAACCCGGUGAAGAGAACAGACAGUGGUAUUUACUGUUGUGUAAUGAGUAACCCUAUCAGCUCUAGCUUCGCUGUCAGUAACAGGAUCACUGUUAACUAUGGACCAGAUGUAAAGAUAUUAGGUGUAGACACUUUAAACGAAGGCUCAGAUAUCCUCCUCCUCUGCUCCCCUGACUCUUUUCCUCCUGCCACUGUUAUAUGGACAGUGAAAGGCAUGUCUGCUGGAAACGACUCCCUGUUUGUCAAAGAGAACAGCAGUCCAAGUGAUAGUGGAGAUUAUAACUGUACUUGCUGGAACAAUGUCACUGGGAUCACAGCCUCUGCAGUUAAAGCUGUGACUGUAAAAAUUGCAUCCUCUAGGCUUGCUCCAGGUGCAGAAGCGGGUAUUACAUUGGGUGUUAUUUGUGCUUUAGUUAUAUUGGGUGUGAGCAUUUUUUUCCUCGUACGCCACCUUAAAAAACCUGCUGAGCGUGUAAGAAGGCCUAUAUCAGCUCCACAAAUAAAUCCAGCAUUUAAUCAUAACAGUGGGGUGGCACAGGACAACUUUCAUGGUCAAAUUAGAAGUAAGCAGAACUUUAAUACAGUGAAGAAUAAAAUAUUUGUCCAAGGAGUAAAUUGUUAA